AUGAUGUAUAUUGUAUUGGAACUUGGUGGAAAAACAUUAAUGGAUUAUUUCGAUCAAAUAAUUGGAGAUAAUGGUCGCACCCGAGAAAAUGAACUUACAAAAAUUCUCUUAGGAGCAGCCCAAGCACUACAACAAUUUCAUCAACAUGGCAUCCAUUUGGACGUAAAGGAAGGAAAUUUCGUAGUCUCUCUUGAGCAAAGCCAGGAUGAAAGUGUUAUUGAGUGUAAAUUGAUAGACUUUAAUACUUCUGUUUUGUUAAAUCGUGAGGGUAAUAUAGCAACGAAUACUCCUGUUAAUUUUCGAUAUUUAAAUAAAACUUUAAUGGCCCCAGAGGUACAAGAUGAUGACAUCAGACGUGUAAGUUUCAGAUUAAACCUUAUAUCUAAAAACGGUACUUAA